AUGUCGAACACCGAUUCUGCUCCAGCAGCACUCGUGACUAGAUCUUCAUUAAUGGUAUUAGCACAUAAAUCGGCAAAAGUGAUUCUUGCAACUGACCUUGUUCCGACUGAGACAAACUCUGAAAAGAUCUACUUGGCACCACUUGCUGAUCAAACUCGUUGUUUCGCACCAUCUGUCUUUGAAAUUGUAACAUCUGCCCUUGGAACUCAUAAAGUGGUACCGUCUUCUGAUCAAACGGCAUUACCCACUCAUGAAACGUCGCUGACUAUUGCUGAAACUGAUGGGAUUGCAUCACUUGUUGUUGACCAUGUUGAACUAGUUCUGAUGACGAAUGCAACUCCUUAG